AUGGCGGCCGCUCUGCUGGCCAUGGCCGAUGCUCAAGCCGCCCAGGAGGAUGGCGUGGGAGACUCCUUGGAGGGCGCAGAGUCAGCUUUGCGCCUAGCGAAAGAGGUGCUGAGGCGAAUGGAGGAGGCAGGCCACGUCGAGGGGCGAGCAGCUGCCAAGCAUGUGAUGGCAAAGGCGUGCCUGGCGGGAGGCCAGGCGGAGGCGGUCGCAGAGGCGCAGGAGGCGCUGCAGCUCUUCCGAGCCCUGGGGCACCUCGAAGGAGAGGCCGCCACGCUGGAUGUCUUGGCUCAGGCACAACUGCAGGAGGACCCCCAGACGGCCUUCCACUCCGCCAGCAGCGGCCGAGAGAUCUUCCGCCGCCUCGGAGACAGGCGCGCCUCCAUGCUGGAGCGCAGCGCGCUGGGCGCGUUGCUGGCCUGUGGCCAGCUGGACGAAGCACUCAAGGAGGCCGAGGCCUCGGUGCGGCGCUGCCGUCGGGAUCCAGGCGAUCGAAGAGAGGAGGCGGCUGCGCUGGUGAUGUUGGCGGAGGUGCCUGAGGGAAUCCCCUCCCGAAGUGGUCUUUGCUGCCCUGGCCGCCGCGGAGAUCUUCGCAGCGGAGACCUCGACCGGCGCCCCGCUACGGCGCUCGGCUGGGGACCGGCGGAACCAGGCUGCUGCGCUCCAUCUGGCUGCCUCGGCACACAUGAGCUCGGGCCAGGCCCAGCAGAGCCUUCCCUUGGCACAGCGUGCUCAGGAGAUCUUUCGAUCCCUCCGUGA